AAGUAAAAUAUAAAAAGGAGAAAACCCCAAAGUCCCUUCAACUGAAAAACUGAUCUCCUUUUUCACUUCACACAGCCCAUGCCCCCUUCACGCUGUUUUUAAUCAAAAGUUUCGAGUUUUCGAUACGAAAAGUGAAUACUCACCCACACCCACUCCAUAAACCCAAUAUAUUAGAGAGGAUUUGUAAUAAAUGCUAGCAAAAAAUCUAGCUAUUUUCAUCUGCCUCUGUUUUUAGUGACAUUGAAUAUACAACAAAAAUGACUGGUUAAACUUACUUCAGUGUUUAUUAUGGGAUGUGUAUUUGGAAAGAUUGGUAGUGACGGGAGGACACAGAAUUCUAACAAUCGGAAUACUUCCGACGGUGGUGUUGGAGCUUCAGGGGAUGAGGUGAAGAUCACUCAACCUCCACCGCUGCCGGUGGAGGUAGAAGGACCAAAUCGUACAGAGUCGGUGUCUGAGUAUUACAGUUUCAGAACAUUGGGAAAUUCUUUUGCAACAAAUCAGCAAGGGUGGCCGUCGUGGCUGGUUGCUGUUGCUGGUGAUGCUAUAAAAGAUUGGACUCCUCGCCGAGCGGAUACUUUCCAGAAAAUUGAAAAGAUUGGGCAAGGAACGUAUAGCAAUGUAUAUAAAGCAAAGGAUUUGAUAACAGGGAAGAUUGUUGCAUUGAAGAAAGUUAGGUUUGAUACAAUGGAGCCAGAGAGUGUGAAGUUCAUGGCAAGAGAAAUACUUGUUUUGAAAAAACUGGACCAUCCCAAUGUCAUCAAACUUGAAGGUUUGGUGACUUCGAGAAUGUCGUCUAGUUUGUACCUUGUUUUCGAGUACAUGGAGCAUGAUCUGGCUGGUCUGGCUGCUGUUCAAAAGGUCAAAUUUAGUGAAUCGCAGGUAAAGUGCUACAUGAAACAGUUACUCUCUGGUCUAGAGCAUUGUCACAAUAAUGGAGUCCUACACCGUGAUGUAAAAGGUUCCAAUUUGCUGAUUGAUAAUGAAGGAAUUCUGAAAAUAGCUGAUUUUGGAUUAGCUUCAUUUUAUGAUCCUGAACACCAGCAACCUAUGACUAGUCGUGUUGUGACUCUCUGGUACCGGCCACCUGAACUUCUGCUUGGAGCUACUAAUUACGGUGUUGGUGUUGACCUGUGGAGUGCCGGAUGCAUUUUGGCUGAGUUACUCGCAAGGAAGCCAAUAUUUCCAGGGAGAACGGAGGUUGAGCAACUCCAUAAAAUAUUUAGGUUGUGUGGCUCUCCAUCCGAGGAGUAUUGGAAGAAAUUCAAAUUACCAAAUGCUACUCUGUUUAAACCACAACAACCUUAUAAACACUGCAUUGACGAGACAUUCAAGGAUUUUCCACCCUCUUCACAUCCUAUGAUUGCAACACUUCUUGCUAUCGAUCCCGAUGAAAGAGGCACAGCCACUGCAGCUUUGAACAGUGAAUUCCUUACAACUGAACCAUAUCCUUGCGAGCCUUCAAGUUUGCCAAAAUAUCCUCCUAGCAAGGAAAUGGAUGUCAAACUAAGAGAUGAAGCUGCCAGGAGGCAAAGUGGUUUGCAUGGAAAAGUUCACACUGGUGAUGGUGUCAAGAAAGUGAGACGUGAGAGAGUUAGUCGUGCAAUUCCAGCUCCGGAGGCUAAUGCAGAGCUCCAACCGAACCUCGAUAGGUGGAGGAUGAUGACACAGGCUAAUGCUAAGAGCAAGAGUGAAAAAUUUCCUCCACCACAUCAAGAUGGAGCAGUUGGAUACCCUCUUAAUGCAUCACAUAAUGGCCCUGCAUCAUUCAGUAUAGCUGCUGCUUCUUUUGAUUCAAGUUUUGAUCCAAAGUCACGAUCUUUGAGAAGCACCAUAACUACAGGUGGGACGUCGAGGCAGAGGAGAACCAAGAAAGAAGAGCCUCAUAUGGCUCCGUCUCGCAAACUUUUCCAUGCAUUCCUUCCUUCUUCUUUUAGACUAUCUAUAGAUAUGAGACUGAGGGGUAGAGCUUCCGUCUCAGAGACAUUUAGUCACCAUAGAUGAGAAAAUUUCCCAAAGCAAUAAAUUUUGUGGCUUCAAGGAUUUUUGGUUGUUACUGUAUUCUAUUUUUAAACUUCUGUAAUUAAAUUAUACAACAGUUUUGUGUAUCAUGUGGAUUCUGGGGUUAUAAUUUACACCUGACAUCCAUUGUACAGUUGCAAGUCAUAAUCUCAUUGGAGCCUUUAGGUAA